AACAUUAAUAUUAAUAAUAAUGUAAAUAAUGGUAGUAAUGGUAAUGGAAAUGGAAAAAAGGAAGUCAUCAGUUGCGAGGCUUUCGUCGACUAUUGGAAAAAAGUCAUAUCCUCGUGUUAUGACAACGCCUCGCGUUUCGUCAAAAUCCUGACCUCUGGUCAACGGAACUAUCUUUUGCCCGAAGACUUUGCGCCAAUGAUUCAGGACGUGAUCGACACUCACCCGGGACUGGCAUUCCUGAAGGAUGCCGAGGAGUUUCACUCGCGUUACGUCCAUACAGUGAUCGCCAGAAUCUUCUACUGCGUGAACAAGUCAUGGACGGGCAGAAUAACGCUACCGGAGCUGAAAAAGUCUAACUUCUUGCAAGUGGUCUCUCUAUUGGAAGAGGAGGACGACAUCAACCAAAUAACCGAUUACUUCUCAUACGAACACUUUUAUGUGAUUUAUUGCAAGUUUUGGGAAUUAGACAAAGACCACGACCUCUUCAUCAGCAAAACCGAUCUCAGCCGACAUAACGACUCCGGU